UGACGUCCAUGUCCAUGUUAUCUUAUCAGACGGACGGACUUUUUCAAGAGCACUACGUUUUGCCUUAGUUGGCUGCUGUUAUUGGUGGUGCCAUGUAAAUUUAGUUUAAUUUAAGUAACACCGUAACUAUCUCCCUUUCCAUAUUUCCGCCGUUCCGAGACCUACGUAGAAUAUUUUGACCAUUAUCUUUAAUUAGAAAUUCCUCAAAAAUGUCAAAAGUAUACAAGGCGGUUAUCAGCGUUGCGGACAGAUUUGUCCCUGGUGCCUUGCGUCCAAUGUGGGAUCAUCCUGCUGGACCAAAAACUAUAUUCUUCUGGGCGCCUGCAUGCAAAUGGGCUCUGGUAGCAGCAUCACUGGACGCUUACACCCGACCUUUGGACAAGGUGUCCGUCAGUCAGUCGGCUAGUCUCUCCGCUACGGGGCUGAUCUGGACCAGAUACUGUCUGGUUAUCAUCCCGAUAAACUAUUCUCUUGCUCUCUGCAACUUCAUGCUAGGCUUGGCCAAUGGUGUGCAAACCUUUCGUGCCUACCGCUACCAAAGCCAACGUGGCAUGAUUUAAUUUUUGAAGGAGUUUAACGCGUUUGCUGAUUUUCCUGUACCCUUAGUAUGAAUUUGCUUUAUGUUUAAAGUAAUCGAAACGAGACCGCGUUCGGCCCUCUGAUUGGUCGGCUCGAAUAAACAAACCAAUCAGAACGCCGAACGAGGUUUCGUUUCGUUUACGAAAGCAAACUCAUACUAAAGGUACUAAUUGAAGAUUGGUUACUAAUCACGUAUAGUUUGCGUCAAAUAGUUAGGGACACUAAGGGUACUCAAAUACCUAUAUUCUUUUGUACCGGUAUUUUGGUUGCGUCUAUUUACCUGCUUGCGUACCGAGUGUCCCUUGUUAUUUGACGCUGACUGUACCUUUUUUUUAAUUUUUAUGGUUAUGGUCACAAAAUAUUUUUCGAGUCACAUUGAAAAGAUUAGACAACACAGCAAGCGCGUUAAAUUGAAAAAUAUCUUCCACAACGGAAAAUAAUUAAAACUAUGUUUUUACCAAGCAAAUAAUUCUAAUCAUAGUUAUCUUAACGGUUACUUAUACCUACAAAUUCAAUACCUUUUAAUUUUUUUUAAGUUUUACUUAUUUUUGAGUGCCAUGGCUAUUUACAAGCCACGAAACGAAACGCUGAAACUUUAAACUUAAGGGUAAAGGGUAACAUAACGAAUUUAUUACUUUAAAAAACACUAAACUACUACUUUUAAAUACCUAGUCACAAACUUUUGAAAAGCAUUCUUGCCAAAUACGAGUAUAUACCCACCUGGCAACACUAGCUACUUAAUUAUUUAAUAAAAAAAAAAUAUGGCUUUUAAUGUAAAUCUAUCUUGAUUUAAUACUAAUUUUCACGUCAAUUUAAACUGAUAGUCUCAAAUACAAUCAAAGAACAAUGCACUUUAACGAUCAUAAAAAUGAAUCUAUAUUUGCUUGCUUCAAAGUAACCUGAAUAAAUUGACAUCUAUGGUAUAGUCGAUAUUAUUGCUACGCUAACAAGGCUCAAGGUUGAUAUUAUAUAGAAUACUAUUAUGCCAAUAAUAUUGCUGUCACAUUUAUACAUAUAAUCUUGCACUGUACUUAUUCGUGUCACUAACUACCUCAACAGUUGUUUGUAGAACUAACAAGAGCUAGGAAUGUUUUUGUAAGGAUUUCCUUGUUGAUUUUAGCAUUCUCAUAAAUGCAUCUUAUUUUUCCUUUGAAAUUGAUCCAUAAGGAGAUUAGAUAUGGAUAUCAGUAGCUCAUUUAUUGUUUUGUUAAGUUGGUAUAGCAAACUACACUCCGUUAGUAUAUUUAAUUUUUUUAAACCACGCACUUUUUAUGGUAUUCUAUCAUUUUUAAACUAUCGAAUUAAAAAGAAUUGACGUAUACCGUAGAAAAAUAUUUUGUCGCAUUUUUUAAUCAUACAUUUAAUAUAAUAUGAGGUUAAUAAAAAGGAAUCCUAGCAAAAUUUAUUCCUAGCAAUUUUAGAUACUUAGCAGAACACUAACAACAUAGUACACAAUUAGCUAAAUGCCUACCUUUACACUGGCAAAACUAAACGAAAGUGUUUUGAACAUUUUAUCGCAAAAUUAAUUCUUUACAAACAAAUACUAUUUAUUAAGCUGCAUAGCUAAAUUGUUUCCUAUAAUAUUCUACAAUCUUUUUAUUAUCUGAUACAUAAUUUUAAUUGAAUGAUAAACUGUUCCAAAAUCACCUUUUAAUUUUAAAACUAAGUCACUGUACUAACAAUAAUUUGUGUUCAAUUAUAUAACAUACGUAGUAAUAUAUAGUUCCAGUUUACUUGAUAUUCAAAUAUAAUACCUAUGUAGUUAGCUUGUAGUUUUAGUUUGCAUUGUAGAAUAAUUGUAGUUACAUGGACUGAUACUAGAUGGCAUUGGCUAUAUUUCACAGUGGCCAAGUCAACUUACCCCAAUCUGUCAUUUGUUUCAUUAGAUUAACGGCGCAUUCCAAUAAACUACCGAUCGGUAAAUUUGCUUACGAGCCGUAGAAUUUUGACACAUUUUGUAUGGAGCUUAUGUCAAAAUUCUACGGCUCGUAGGCACAUCUACCGAUCCGUAGUUUAUUGGAAUCGCGUUAGACUUUAUGUCCAAAAGAAUUAAGUUGAAAAUGUAAUAAUUUUAACUUUAAAGUCACAAUUUUUUUAUGGCUUUUCAUACACACAGUCACAAGUUUAAACAGUUUUUUUUUAUGUUUGUCAGUCCAAGUAACUAUAUUAUAUGUAGAGAAGUAGAUUGUAGACUGUAGUUUAGUAUGCACGCACGCAUGUAAUUGUGUUGUCCUUGCACGAUGUUCUAUUAAAUAUUAUCCAGAUUAUAA